GAGUUCGGAUUCGGAGACAGCGAGAACAAAGCGCAAAGCUUGUGUGUGGCUCGUGAACAAAGCAUAUACUAGGUAUACUUGGAGAGGGUGAGGGGUGAGGGGUGAGGAGGAAAAGCAAUGGCGGUUCCAGGUAGGCGCAAUGGAAUGGAGGACGACGAAAACGAAGAGGAGGGACUCUUCGAAGAAGAUGGUCUUGUAGAACUAGACUCCGAUACGCUACCCCAUCUCCAACCAAUCGCUGAAGCAGCCCAACUCGGUGACGUCGAUGCCCUUCGCCAUGCUCUCGAUAAUUUGAGUGGCAGCAUUGAUGAACCAGUGGAAGAUGGAGAUUCAGCUCUCCAUUUGGCCUGUCUUUACGGCCAUCUGCCUUGUGUCCAGUUAUUGUUAGAAAGAGGAGCUAACAUGGAAACCAAGGAUGAGGAUGGAGCAAUUCCUCUUCAUGAUGCCUGUGCUGGGGGAUAUACAGAAAUUGUCCGACUUUUAAUCAACUUUGCUAACAACACAGACUAUGCAAAGCGAAUGCUAGAUACAGUUGAUGUAGAGGGUGAUACUCCUCUUCAUCAUGCCGCGAGAGGUGAACAUGUGGAUGUUAUUCAACUAUUGCUGAAUUCUGGGGCUUCUCCUACAAAAGCAAACAUCUAUGGGAAGAUCCCCAGUGAGCUCUCUGAUCUAGAGACUCAAGCAAGGAGAAUUUUAGAGGCUGCAGCAAAUUAAUGCUGUUACAUGUAGAUAGACUUCGAUUUGUUCCAGAAAGAUCAAAUCAGGUGGCUCGAGGCUAGAGCUUUGGUUGGUCUUUAAAGGAAGCAUUAGAAUUGUGUUAUAGAUACACCUUCAACCUAGCAGGUUGAUUGGCUUUGGCUGAGGGAAAGAACCAGUUAGUUUCAUGAUGAAUACAGCCAGUUUUCUUUUUCUUGUUUUUUGUGAAGAUAAAAUAUGGCCAGUUUUCUUUAUCUUGUUUUUGUGGAACCAAUUUUUUUUCUACAAAUAGAAUAUCUGAAGAUUCUGAUGUUAUUUAUAUGAAUGACUUGUUUCGAAUCACCUUGUGAUCUGAUUCUCGAAGAAUUAGGGGCAAAGGGAUUGAUCGAGAAAGAUCUCUUAUUCUU